AACGACCCAUCUCUAUUGGCUAGAAAUACUCUUCAAAGGUGCAAGGAAAUCAACAUACAUUUUUAAAGGCGCUUUCCAUCAACAUAUACUAUAAUAGGGAUAUAGCUGAAGAAAACGGCUGUAGUUCAAUUAGCAAGAUGUAUAGACCUAAUUUGAUGUUUUUUGUUUUAUAUUUUUCACUAGAAUGUAUUUGCCUGAGCCAAAGCGACAUCUACUCCCUGAAUUACAUCUACACUGCCCUGUCAAAGCCACUAGAAUUGCCUGGAAUCCAUGAGUUCACUGCCAUGGGUCUGAUGAAUGACAAACAGAUUGAUUACUAUGACAGUGUGGCAAAGAAGAAGAUUCCCAAACAGGACUGGAUGAGGGAGAAGCUGCCAGCAGACUACUGGGAUAAAGGCACUCAGUCACGCAAGAGCAAGGAGCAGUGGUUCAAAGUUAAUGUCGAUAUCUUGAUGAAGCGCAUGAGGCACAACAACACUGAUGUGCAUAUCCUUCAGUGGAAACAUGGCUGUGAGAUUGACCAACAGAGUGACGGCACAUUGAAAUUCAUAAAGGGCACAGACCAGUACAGCUACGAUGGUGAUGACUUCCUGGCCUUUGAUGAUGCCAAUAUGCAGUGGGUGGCCCCAGUUGUUCAAGCUCAGCCGACUAAGAGGAAGUGGGACGGGGUCCAGAUCCUCAACCAGUACACCAAGGGCUACCUGGAGAAGGAGUGUGUGGACUGGCUUUCCAAAUUCAUGAAAUAUGAGGACAAAGAAUUCAAUAGGGCUGAUUCCCCUCCAAGGGUCUAUGAAUUUGCUAAAAAGGCCAAAACUGCAGGACACGUAAGACUGACCUGCAUGGCCACAGGUUUCUAUCCCAAAGAUGUGAUUAUGCAAAUUAAGAAGAAUGGUGUUCCAUUGACCGAACGUGAUGGAGUGCAUUCUACAGGAGUCCUACCCAAUGAUGAUGACACCUACCAGAUCAGGAUGAGUGUGCAGAUCCCAGAGGCAGAUAAGGAAACUUAUGAAUGUUAUGUCGACCAUAGAACUUUGAAGAAGCCAAUUGUGGUAAAAUGGGAUGGAGAAUGUUGUGAUUGCAGUAGUGGCACUGCUGUAGUCAUUGGGGCAGUCAUCGCCAUUAUUGUAGUUCUGAUCUUGAUUUCGGUGGUCCUGUUUGUUCUGCACAAAAGCGGGACAAUUGUGAUUCCUGGCUUGAAAACUACAGCCAAGUAUGAUGAAAGCAGAACCUCAUCAGACUCUGAUCAAGGCAGCCAGAACGCAGGGUCCUCAGGCAGAGGCAGUGAGGAGGAUGUUAAGAAGUCAAUGCUGCCUCAGGAAAGUGUCUAGAUGACCGUUGGUGGCCAAACUUCCUGACCGGAUCAUGAAGGACAGUCAAUUCAUUUCAUAAUUUUAUAGUAUGGCUAGAGCCGUUUAGUAUAUGUAAAGACGAGAUUAAAUCAAGAAUAGUCUGAUGGGUGACAAUAUUAGCCUAUCAGUGAU